UGUGUGCCAGCCUGCACCAGGCCUUGUGACUGUGGAGGGCAUCUGCUCACACAGAAACAACACAACGGGGCCAAAGCAAGUCCUCAAACAGCUGCUGAAAAUCUGUGUGUGAAUGCAAAAGAGCCAGAGGCAGCAGGGCAGGCAGCCUCAAUUUUCCAUUAACUUGCAAAGCACAGGGGGCUGAAACUCAAAUGGGCUCCGGUGCUGCCCUGAAAUUUUAUUGCCUGCUGUCUUCAGUGAUCAUAUCUGUAACUGCUUUUAAGACCCCAUGUGAUACCAGGCAGCAGAGGAGUAAAAGGGCCCGUCCCUACCCCUGUCCUCGCCCACUGGUAGCUGCAGGGUGAAUCCCAAGCAAGAGUAAGCUCAGCUUGUGUUGUGUGUGAUGUGGGGAGGGGUUUAAGUGGCUUUGUUAAGAUGGGAGUGGGAUAUGGGGGCAAUACUGAACCCUGGGUGCUCAGUGGAUCCCCCUCCCUGGGGUUGUGGGGAAAGGGGACUGUGGGCAUGGGAGAGCUGCCACCCUCUAGCCCUGGGCAACGGUGGAGGGACAAUGACUGCUGUCACUCAGUGUCCCCCAGCAUCUCCAUCCCCUUUCCCAGCCCCUUGGCAUCAGAUCCCAGGCAGGGGCAUCUCUCCCAUCCCUUGAUGUUGCACUGCCCCCGCUCUUUGCUGUGAGACAAAGGGGAUGCCACAGGCUCAGUGCCACGGGCAGCAAUUCGGAGACCAGCCAAAUGAUCGAUGUGACCUGCUGGGUCUGGGGCAGAAGCCCAGGGAAGGGUGAGAGUGCCUGGGAGUGUCGCUCCCAUUUUCCAUCAUAAAUCCCGCUGGGAACUGAAUGUUCCAAGGUCGGGGCUGGAGGCAAACUCAGCACCGUGUUUCUCUGCUGAUCUGUCCUGGGGACUUAAUCUGGAACCUGUUAUCACGGUGCCCAUCGGGAGCCUGGAGGCAGCGAUACCCAUAAUGGCAGCUUUCGUAUCCCUCCCAGCUAUUUUUUUCCCCCUGACCAGCUCGGGGUGGUUUGAGCCGAUCCUUUUGCCCCGUUAGCAACGGCAGUGGGUGUGUGCCGGGUCCCUUGCUCCGGUUUUGCCAGGUAUAAAGCCAGUGAGCCCCUCUCCUCCCUGUCCCUUGCCCGACAGACACUUGAGCGGGGGCAAUGGCCGAGCUGCCAGUGCCGGAGCUGCCCACCACACUGUCCCACUGCAGCGGCCGCUUCACCAUCAGCACCCUCCUGGGCAUGGAGGAGGGCAGGUGGGGUCCCUGCGCAGCAGCCGAGGGGGCUGGCUGUGACAGCACCCAGCUCUCUGGCAGCACCCUCUGCAGCAGGACCUUUGGCUACAACACGGUGGACGUCGUGCCGGCCUACGAGCACUAUGCCAACAGCAAGGGGGUGGACGAGGCCAGGAAGGGCAGGCCCUCCCUGGCAGACCUGCACUCCAUCCUCAAGCCCGACCCGAGCCAGCCGCGCAUGCCGGUGUCUGACCCCCAGCAGAGCAACGGGCUGCCUGAGGCUGGGCCGGAGGAGGCGGCAGGGGAGCCGGGCAGAGCCCCCGUGCCAGAGCCCGUGCGCUUCGGGUGGGUCAAGGGUGUGAUGAUUCGCUGCAUGCUGAACAUCUGGGGAGUCAUCCUCUACCUGCGCCUGCCCUGGAUCACUGCCCAGGCAGGGAUUGCCCUGACCUGGCUCAUCAUCCUGAUGUCCGUGACAGUGACCACCAUCACCGGCCUGUCCAUCUCUGCCAUAUCCACCAAUGGCAAAGUGAAGUCAGGGGGCACCUACUUCCUCAUCUCCCGGAGCCUGGGGCCGGAGCUGGGCGGCUCCAUCGGGCUGAUCUUCGCCUUUGCGAACGCCGUGGCCGUGGCCAUGCACACCGUGGGCUUCGCCGAAACCGUCCGGGACCUGCUGCAGGAGCACAACUCCCUCAUUGUGGACCCCACCAAUGACAUCCGCAUCAUCGGGGUCAUCACCGUCACGGUGCUGCUGGGCAUCUCCCUGGCUGGCAUGGAGUGGGAGGCCAAGGCACAGAUACUGUUUUUCCUGGUCAUCAUGGUUUCCUUCAUAAAUUACCUGGUGGGGACAGUGAUCCCAGCCACCGCUGAGAAGCAGGCAAAGGGCUUCUUCAGCUACCAAGCCAAAAUCUUUGCCCAGAACUUCGUGCCCAACUGGCGUGGACCCGAGGGCUCCUUCUUUGGCCUGUUCUCCAUUUUUUUCCCAUCAGCAACUGGCAUCCUGGCUGGGGCCAACAUUUCUGGUGACCUAAGGGAUCCCGCCGUGGCCAUCCCCAAGGGCACCCUGAUGGCCAUCUUCUGGACCACCGUGUCUUACCUGGUGCUCUCUGCUACGAUCGGUGCCUGCGUGGUCCGGGACGCCUCGGGCAGCCUGAACGACAGCGUGGUGCUGGGCUCCCCGGGCUGCGAGGGACUGGCCUGCGGCUUCGGCUGGAACUUCACCACCUGCAUCCAGCAGCAGAGCUGCCGCUACGGGCUCAGCAACUACUACCAGAGCAUGAGCAUGGUGUCUGGAUUCGGACCUCUCAUCACGGCAGGCAUCUUUGGCGCUACCCUCUCCUCUGCACUGGCCUGCCUCGUCUCGGCCCCCAAAGUCUUCCAGUGUCUCUGCAGGGACCGGCUCUACCCUCUCAUCGGCUUCUUUGGGAAGGGCUACGGGAGGAACGGUGAGCCCAUCCGUGGCUACGUGCUCACCUACGCCAUCGCCGUGGGCUUCAUCCUCAUCGCCGAGCUCAACGCCAUCGCGCCCAUCAUCUCCAACUUCUUCCUCUGCUCCUACGCCCUCAUCAACUUCAGCUGCUUCCACGCCUCCAUCACCAACUCUCCAGGCUGGCGACCCUCCUUUCGGUAUUACAGCAAGUGGGCCGCGCUCUUCGGGGCCACCAUCUCGGUGGUGAUCAUGUUCCUGCUGACCUGGUGGGCGGCCCUCAUUGCCUUGGGCAUCGUCAUCUUCCUCCUGGGAUACGUCCUCUACAAAAAGCCAGAUGUCAACUGGGGCUCCUCCAUGCAAGCCAGCUCAUACAACAUGGCCCUCAGCUACUCGGUGGGGCUGAGCGAAGUGGAUGAGCACGUCAAGAACUACAGACCCCAGUGCCUGGUGCUGACUGGCCCCCCCAGUUUCCGCCCAGCUCUGGUGGAUUUUGUGGGGACGUUCACCAAGAACCUCAGCCUGAUGCUUUGUGGCAACGUGCUGAUCGGGCCAUGGAAGCAGAAGAUGCCAGAGUCCCGGCUGACAGCAGAUGGCCACACCAAGUGGCUUGUGAAGAGGAAGAUCAAGGCCUUCUACGCAGACGUGGUGGCUGAGGAUCUGAGAAGCGGCGUCCAAAUGCUCAUCCAGGCUGCCGGCCUCGGGAAGAUGAGACCCAACAUCCUGGUGCUGGGAUACAAGAGGAACUGGCAGACAGCGUCCCCACAAAGCCUGGAGGACUACGUGGGCAUCCUGCAUGAUGCCUUUGAUUUCAAGUAUGGCAUGUGCUUAAUGAGGAUGAAGGAAGGGCUGAACGUUUCCCAAGUGAUGCAGGCUCAUGCAGACCCCACUGUCCCGGCCAGCGAGCAGCAGGCGAGCACCAUCUUCCAGAACGAGCAGGGCAAGAAGACCAUCGACAUUUACUGGCUCUUCGAUGACGGAGGGCUCACACUGCUCAUCCCCUACCUCCUGGGCCGCAAGAAGCGGUGGGGAAAGUGCAAGAUCCGGGUGUUUGUCGGAGGGCAGAUCAACAGGAUGGACGAGGAGAGGAAGGCGAUUGUCUCUCUGCUGAGCAAGUUCCGCCUCGGCUUCCACGAGGUCCACAUCCUCCCCGACAUCAACCAGAAACCCCGGCCAGAGCACAUCAAGAGGUUCGACAGCCUGAUCGCUCCCUUCAGGCUGAACGAUGGCUUCAAAGACGAGGCCGCAGUGAGUGAGCUGCGGCAGGGCUGUCCCUGGAAGAUUUCCGACGAGGAGGUGGAGAAAAACAGAGCCAAGUCGCUCCGACAAGUGAGGCUGAAUGAGAUUUUGCUGGACUACUCCCGGGAUGCAGCGCUCAUAGCCAUCACGCUGCCCAUCGGCAGGAAGGGCCGCUGCCCCAGCUCCCUCUACAUGGCCUGGCUCGAGACCCUCUCGCAGGACCUGAGGCCCCCCGUCGUCCUCACCCGUGGAAACCAAGAGAACGUGCUGACCUUUUACUGCCAAUAA